AUGGCCGUCGACGCGUCGCGCGACCCGGUCGCGAAGGAGGUGGACAUCUAUCGCGACACGCCCGUGCGCUUUCUGGGCUACGCCAACGAGAUCGGCGAGUCCUUCAAGCCCAUGGUGCCGCGCGCCUUCUACUUUGGGUCCUACGCCGUGGCCUGCACCUACGUCGCCGCGGACGCGAAGCACAAGUUCGACGCCGACGGCGACGUGCGCCACGGCGUCGACGCGCUCGUCUGGCAGGCGCUCGCGUCCGUCGCGGUGCCGGGCGUCGUCGUGAACCGCGUCGUAACGCUCGCGGGCCGGGCGACGGCGCGGCCCUUCGUGCCGACGCUCUGCGGCCUCGGCUGCAUCCCCUUCAUCAUCAAGCCCAUCGACGCCCUCGUCGACGCGGCCAUGGACGCGACGAUCCGGCCCUUCUUGCUCGACGACGGGUAA